AUGUAGGGAUAAUGAUGAGACAGCAAAAGAAGAGAAAGCACCUAUGAAAGAGAAACAUGUUCCGAAACCGAAGGCAAUCCCUUCUCUUGGGAACAAGAAUAGAUUCCAUCCAUAUUCAAAGGAGAAGAAUGUCAGCACUGGAGAGAAGAAAGCUACUAAUCGUAAUAGAGUUUUCAUUAGCAACAUCCCAUAUGACAUGAAAUGGCAAGCUAUUAAAGAUCUUAUGAGAGAGAAAGUUGGUGAGGUUACAUACGUGGAGCUGUUUAAGGAUGCUGAAGGAAAAUCAAGGGGUUGUGGCGUGGUUGAAUUCAAAGAUGAAGAUUUUGUUAAGAAAGCAUUAGAAGCUAUGAACAAGUACAAUCUUAGUGGAAGACCCCUGAAUAUUAAAGAGGACCCUGAAGGUGAACAUGCUCGUAGGGCAUUACAGCGUGUAGGAGGACAGUUUCCAGGAGGACAUGGACCUGAUAUGACACCUGGAUUAAUGAAUUUGCCACCUUCUAUUCUCAAUAAUCCAAACAUUCCUCCUGAGGUUAUCAGUAACUUGCAGGCAGGCAGGCUUGGGUCCACUAUUUUUGUCGCUAAUCUUGACUUCAAAGUUGGCUGGAAGAAACUGAAGGAGGUUUUCAGCAUUGCUGGAACUGUAAAACGUGCAGACAUCAAAGAAGACAAAGAUGGCAAGAGUCGUGGAAUGGGAACAGUUACAUUUGAACAAGCAAUUGAAGCUGUUCAAGCAAUAUCUAUGUUCAAUGGACAGUUCUUGUUUGAUAGACCCAUGCAUGUAAAAAUGGAUGACAAAUCGGUUCCUCAUGAAGAUUUCCAUGUUGCAGACAGCAAAGCUCCUCACUUACCUCGUGGUCUUGGUGGCAUUGGUAUGGGACUUGGACCAGGUGGACAGCCCAUCAGUGCGACACAAUUGAGCAUGGGUGGUGGAAUGGGCAGUAUAGGUCCAGGAGGUAUGGGAAUGGAUGGCCCAGGAUUUGGUGGAGUGAACAGAAUAGGAGGCGGACUUGCUGGCUUUCGUGGGAUGGAAGGAAUGGCUCAUAUGAGAGGAUUUGGAGUUGGCCGAAUGGGAGAAAUGUUCCGUGGUGGAAUCGGAGGAAAUAUAGACAGAGAUUUUGUGCGUAGUGAGAUSGCCUUGAACCGUGGCUUCGGCGAUCCUUUUGGAAGAAUGAGUAUGACAACGAUUAAAUUUUCUUGUGGCAAAUCACAGCAUAACAUUAGAAGAGCUUUAGUAAUGGACAAACCAAAAAAAUGCCUGGUUUCAUUUGGUGGCGGAAUGGGUGGUAUGCCUGGUAGAAUGGGAAUGGGCAUGGAUCGGAUGGGUUCUGGUUUUGAUCGAAUGGGACCGGCCCUGGGUGGAGGCCUGGACAGGAACAUUGAUAUGGACCGAGGAUUUGUAGCUGGCCCAAUGGGARGCGCUGUGAGAGAGAGAUUAGGCUCUAAAGGCAACCAGAUAUUUGUCAGAAAUCUUCCUUUUGAUUUGACUUGGCAGAAGCUAAAGGAGAAAUUCAGUCAAUGUGGUCAUGUAAUGUUUGCAGAAAUAAAAAUGGAGAAUGGAAAGUCAAAAGGUUGUGGAACAGUCAGAUUUGACUCACCAGAAUCUGCUGAAAAGGCCUGUAGGAUAAUGAACGGCAUAAAAAUCAGUGGCAGAGAAAUUGAUGUACGCUUGGAUCGCAAUGCGUAACUUAAACGUACAUGUUCAGGAACAUUCCUAUGUCUGUUUAGCUUCUCUAUCCUAUUAAGUCAUUUUUAGUAACACUGUAUGCUUACAAAAGCUGUAAAAAGGAACUUUUAAAUCCCACCAGCCUUUAACAGUAUAGUGUUUMAUAUACUGUGAUAUUUGUUAACUGAACCUUACAAUGUUUGGUUUUUAAAGACAAUUUGCCUGAUUUGUUUGUUUGGUUGGUUUUGUUUUUUUAGAGGCACUGAGCUACCUGCAGGUCCUAUUAGACAGUGGGACCUGCUGCUCAGCACCUUUGGAAAAUUAGGCCAAGUGUGAAUUAGUCAUUCAGUUUAAAUGAAUGGUUAUACUGUUUUUAAUAAAAUAAGCCAUUUUCUCUCUGUUAAUCUCAAGAUUGCAUUAGUGGGAUUUGUUUAGUGUUUUCUGAUUUUUCCCCAGCUUGUAUCAACAAUGUAAUGUAAAAACUAGAUGUCUUUUUUUUUUUUUCCGGAAUUUUUGUUUUAUAUGUGCAUUGUAGUCAUAGCGUAAUUCUUGACUUUAAAAGAAAGGGCUCCAAAUAGGCUGUGAUGUUUUUGUUUUACUUUAGUUCUACUUAAUGUUACUUCAACGCCAUGAGUUGGUUCUGUAAAUAAGACUUAGAGCCCAGUGGGAAUUCUGGAUUUUUU